CCCGUGUGUGUUGGACCCACUCUUGUGAAGUGGUCCCACGUGUUUGUUCAUGUCGAAAAAUUAACCUUUCGGAUUCACAUCAUCCCUUCCUUCUUCGAAAAUAUUCGCCCUCGAUUCUGUAAGCUCAUUGAAUGGGAUGCCGGGAAUGCUUUCUGUUUCCAGUGCAUCUUACUCUUCCUCAAAUGCAACAUCUUCAUGUACGUCAGCUUCAACCUCUCUUGUUCUCGGAGAUUGAACGCCCGAAGUUGUUCAACCAUUUCCCGGCCGAUUUCGUCGCGGGAAGAAGCGGAAACAGAGCCAGACCCUCCCGAACCCGAGGCAAUGGAUUUUGCCUUCUUUUUUCUGAUCAGCCGUGGAAUGGGGUCCUCGUCAUCGGAAUCCGCAACGUUGAAGGGAGGGAUUUGAUCGGUCGAACUGAUAGUCUCGUCGACCUCAACAUCGGCGUCGACGGAGGAUCUUUUUCGGAACGAUCCGCCGUCGGGAUUGUUGAGUUGUUUCCACUUCGAGGAAUGGCUCAAAAUCCUCCAAAGAUCGAUGGGCACCUUGCCUUGGUGCCCGUCGUUUUGAUACUGGGCCGUGGCAAGCCGGAGAACAUCGGCGUCGUUCGUCCCGCUUCUCCGGGAUCGAGAGCAUUCCUCGUAAACUUUGAUAAACCUUCAGACUUUACGGUUGAUGUGGCUCCAUUUGGAAGUGAGUUGGUCCCGGGUUCGGUAGGAGCCGUCCUUGUUCAUCGCCGUGAAGAACUUCUCCUCGAUACGAUCCCACAUCGCAUCCUUCGUUUGCUCCGAACCUUUAAAAAAGAGAAGACAGUAAAGGGAAUUAUGGCAGCGCUGUCUAAUAUGUACGAGAAGCCAUCUGCACCGAAUAAGCGGUUACCAGUUCAGUGGGGCCUGAUGGAUUCACUUUCGAGUAGAUUUGUCAUCUCGUUCUUGGCGAGGAUGUCAGAAGAAAGAGUUCUGGGGAGUCAUCUGGUGAAUUGUUACAUGUUGGCAGAGAAUCUGGUUAUUGGGGACUUUGGAAAGGUGCGACUAGCAGACGAUAGACCUCUUGAUGUGACAGGCAUGGGUGACAUGGUAUUGCAGGCCCCAGUCGAUUUCUGGACUUUGAAGGAUGUCACAAUGAUUACAGCUUUGAAGAAAAAGUUUAAUUUCUGUCAGGCAGUUGGACGAACAAGGACACGAGGUGAAGUUCAGAGAUGGGUAGUGGAAGGUUGUAAAGGGAAAUCUUGUCAUGGCUCAUGGAAGAAAGAGAGGUUCACGGUAUAUGGUCGAGUUACCAUCUGAGGGAGUGACCGUCCAAGUUUAGAGAAAUAAAGUCAAGUUCACAGAGUCUCGUGGGCAGAGGAAGGUUGUCUAUGCAAGGAAGAAACCCAUAGCCACAGGUCAGACUAAGGAUAAAUAAGCGAGAAAAGGUUCAAGGA